AUGCGAGUGGAGUGCGGGGGAAACGCCUCCUCCCUCCCAGUGAUGGAUCCAUUUGGAGGCUACUCCGAACAAACGGCAGGACUCUGCAUCCAGGUAGCCGUGGGCUACCUGGGGGCCCCCAAGAAAUACUACAAGUUCAUUCUGACCAGAAAUUUUGAAGCCUUGAACUCCAAAGGCGGUGGAAACCAGGUGUCGCUACUUAACAUCAUGAUGGACCUGAAGAAAUGCUGCAACCACCCCUAUCUCUUCCCUGUGGCUGCCGUGGAGGCACCAGUCUUGCCCAAUGGCUCCUAUGAUGGCAGCUCCUUGGUCAAGUCUUCUGGGAAGCUCAUGCUUCUCCAGAAGAUGCUGAAAAAGUUGCGUGAUGAAGGGCACCGGGUUUUGAUCUUCUCCCAGAUGACCAAAAUGCUGGAUCUGCUAGAGGACUUCCUGGAGUAUGAAGGCUAUAAGUAUGAGCGAAUUGACGGUGGGAUCACGGGAGGUCUUCGGCAAGAAGCCAUCGACAGAUUCAAUGCUCCUGGAGCCCAGCAGUUCUGUUUCCUUCUCUCCACCCGGGCUGGUGGCCUGGGCAUCAACUUGGCCACUGCUGACACCGUCAUCAUCUACGACUCGGACUGGAAUCCUCACAAUGAUAUACAGGCCUUCAGCAGAGCCCACCGCAUCGGGCAGAACAAGAAAGUAAUGAUUUACCGAUUUGUGACGAGGGCCUCCGUGGAGGAGCGAAUCACCCAGGUCGCCAAACGCAAGAUGAUGCUGACGCAUCUGGUGGUGCGACCCGGCCUGGGCUCCAAGUCUGGUUCCAUGACCAAGCAGGAGCUGGACGACAUCCUGAAGUUUGGGACGGAGGAGCUCUUUAAAGAUGACGUGGAAGGCAUGAUGCCUCAGGGUCAGCGGAUCAACGUGCCCGAGCCCGUGGCGCCCGCCCCCGAUGUCCAGGCCUCCAAAGGUGGUGGCACCUUAGCAGCUGGGGUGAAAAAAAAGCAUGGCAGCACCCCACCAGGUGACAACAAGGAUGUGGAGGACAGCAGUGUGAUUCAUUACGAUGACGCCGCCAUAUCCAAGCUGCUGGAUCGGAACCAGGACGCCACGGAUGACACAGAGCUGCAGAACAUGAAUGAGUACCUCAGCUCCUUCAAGGUGGCCCAAUACGUGGUCCGUGAAGAAGACGGAGUGGAGGAGGUAGAGAGGGAGAUCAUUAAGCAGGAGGAGAAUGUGGACCCCGACUACUGGGAGAAGCUCCUUCGUCACCACUAUGAGCAGCAGCAAGAGGAUCUGGCCCGAAAUCUGGGCAAGGGCAAGAGAAUACGGAAACAGGUCAAUUAUAAUGAUGCUUCCCAGGAGGACCAAGAAUGGCAGGAUGAGCUUUCGGACAACCAGUCGGAGUACUCCAUCGGCUCCGAGGAUGAGGAUGAGGAUUUUGAAGAGAGGCCAGAAGGUCAGAGUGGGAGGAGACAAUCCCGGAGGCAGCUAAAAAGUGACCGGGACAAACCCUUACCCCCUCUGCUGGCAAGAGUUGGAGGCAACAUUGAGGUCCUCGGGUUCAAUGCCCGGCAGCGGAAAGCCUUCUUGAAUGCCAUCAUGCGCUGGGGCAUGCCCCCCCAGGAUGCCUUCAACUCUCACUGGCUAGUCCGGGACCUCCGAGGGAAAAGCGAGAAGGAAUUUAGGGCCUACGUGUCCCUCUUCAUGAGACACUUGUGUGAGCCAGGGGCCGACGGGGCGGAGACCUUUGCGGACGGUGUCCCUCGGGAGGGGCUCUCUCGACAGCAUGUGCUCACCCGGAUUGGAGUCAUGUCACUAGUUAGGAAGAAGGUCCAGGAGUUUGAACAUGUUAAUGGGAAGUACAGCACACCUGACCUGAUUCCUGAGAGCAAGAAAUCCAGUGAAAUUGUCUCCUCAGACCCCAACACUCCAGUCCCAGCCAGCCCAGCCCAUCUUCCUCCUGGCCCUUUGGGGCUACCAGACAAAAUGGAAGCCCAACUGGGCUUCCUGGAUGAAAAAGAACAAAUGGAACAGAAACCCCCCAAACCUCCUGAACCCCAGGUUCCAGGGAUGCCCGCUGACAAAGGGGAGGGUGAGGAGAAGCUGGAGAGCCUGGAGAACAAAGAGAAAGCCAGAGAGGAGAGGAGGGAAGAGAAUGAAAAGACAGACCCCUCCUCAGAUCAACUACUGAAAGAGGAUGCUCUCCCUGAAAAAGACAAACCCCUGGAGAAGGUGGAAUUAAACCUGAACCAUGGGAGAGGAGAUGAAAAAGAUUUCCGGUCAGAGGACUCCAAGGUAGAAGAGAAGGAAACAGCAGAAACCCAGCAAAAUGGUGAAAAAGAGGAAGAUGAAGAAGGGAAGAAGGACGACAAGAAUGGGAAAUUUAAAUUUAUGUUUAACAUUGCUGAUGGGGGUUUCACAGAUGAGGAAACUGAGGCACAGAGCGGCCAAGUGACUAACUCAUGGCAAGAGUUACAUACACUGUGGCAGAAUGAGGAGAGAGCGGCCGUCUCCUCAGGGAAGAUCUAUGAUAUUUGGCAUCGGCGCCAUGAUUACUGGCUCCUGGCGGGUAUUGUGACGCACGGCUAUGCCCGCUGGCAGGACAUCCAGAAUGACCCACGCUAUGUGAUCCUGAACGAGCCCUUCAAGUCUGAGAUCCACAAGGGCAAUUACCUGGAGAUGAAAAACAAAUUCCUGGCCCGAAGGUUCAAGCUGCUAGAGCAAGCACUGGUGAUUGAGGAGCAGCUUAGGAGGGCUGCGUACCUCAACAUGACCCAAGACCCCAACCAUCCAGCCAUGGCCUUGAACGCCCGUCUGGCAGAAGUGGAAUGCCUUGCUGAGAGCCACCAGCACCUGUCCAAGGAGUCCCUGGCUGGGAACAAGCCCGCCAAUGCUGUCCUCCAUAAGGUACUGAACCAGCUGGAGGAACUUUUGAGUGACAUGAAGGCUGACGUAACCCGCCUGCCCUCCAUGUUGUCCCGGAUCCCGCCUGUGGCUGCUCGUCUGCAGAUGUCUGAACGCAGCAUCCUGAGCCGCCUGACAAACCGUGCCGGAGAUCCCACCGUCCAGCAGGGUUCUUUCGGCUCCUCCCAGAUGUACAACAACAACUUUGGGCCAAACUUCCGGGCUCCUGGACCAGGCGGGAUUGUCAACUACAGCCAGAUGCCCCUCGGCCCCUAUGUGACUGCCACGCCCACUGGGCCACCUGCCAGCCACCCCGACAGAAAAGGAGCUGACUCCCUGAAAGAUGGUGCUGCUUUGGGACGAAAGGGGAAACUCAGCGACGUCAUCUGCAUUGAAGACUAAGUCCCAGCCCUCAUGGGCCAGAUGCCCAGAAGUGCCACCAUGUCAUAUCUUAAGUGUUCUUCAAAAAAACAAAAAUAAAAGGAAAAAAGAAAGAAAAAAGAAAAAGAAAAACAAAUGGCAACUAAAAAACAAACAACAAACCCAUUUCCAGAACUUCUUAGAAGGGAUUCCAUUUAUUUGUACAUCUUUUGCACUUUCUUAUUGAAGACUCGAAGAGUUUGUCUUGAUAAAAGUUGAAUGAAUUACGAAGGAUUAUAAUGUUAACAGUAUUUAUGUCUCUGUUUUUAUCAACAUGCAUAAAAUCCAGAGGGAAACCUCGCUGGAGCCCCCAUUUCUAGACUCGUGGACCCUCACCUGCCAGUUAGGACAAGGCUUGAUUUUCUUGCGUGGCCUCCUGUUUGGCUGCUGACUCUCCUCACCAUAGUCAUGUUUGAGCAGCUGCAUGCACCUUCUGUCCUCUUCGCUCCUGUCUGUUCUCCCAGUACCACCUCAGGUCCAAGGGAACUAUCUUGUUGGACCACAGGCUACAGGCAGGGGCUGGCCCAACCUUCUGGCCUCUCUAGCAGAGUUCUGGCCUGGUCUCAUGUCUUGUCCUGGCCACCACAAAGACCUGCUCUUGGGAUAGGGUUAGCAGGAUGCUUUUUGAAUUUUUUGCCAUUUCUGCAAACUCUCCCAACUUGCCGAUGGCCCAGAGCCAACUUGGUAUGUCUUCAGCUCUGCCUGGAAAUGCUGUCCUGCAGGAAUGCUGAUGGAGGCAGGGUUCUGAUCUCCAGACCUGUGAUCAGUCCCCAGGACCCGGGGGUUCAUCUGUAAGAAGGUGUUGAUUUAUCAGGCCAAAGCCCCUUCCAAUCCCUGGCCACACUGAGUCUGCCUCAUGUGCCACCAUGGUUCAUCACAUGAUACUUGGAGUCACUCUCAUGGGUGGUAGAGACUCUGAUGACAGGGGCUGAGGCUUUGGGGUCUUAGCAUAGAUAAUAAGAGGUUCCUGGUGAGGGAAAAGAAUGUUGUAUGCAAGGGAAAGGGCAUGGAGAGACACCGUUUUUUCCUGAUGUGGCUGGAAGGUUAGUGUUGAUCGACGCCAGCAGGUUGAGGUCAAUUUUAGUCAUCUCCAAGUAUCUAAAAGGCUGUCAGAUGGAGGAGGGAAUGGACUUAUUCUACUGGGCCUCAAUGGGCAGAACUAGGAAUAGUGAGGAGAAAGAAGUGACAAAAUGGUGGAUUUGGGCUUGAUGUCAGGAAGAACUGGUUAGAUCUAUCCCACAGUGGAAUGAGUCACCUUGGGAGACUGGGGAUCCCCCCUCAUUGGGUGCCUUUGGUGCUAGAGGACCAUUUGUUGGGGGAUUCUAUAGAGCAGAUUCAUCUUCAGAUAUGAGUUGGACUAGAUGGUGGCCAGUAGAGGUCCCUGAAAGGGGUCAGGGAUUGUAAGAUUCAGUGAUUUGAGGAAGGAGGGGCUUGGCAAGUAAGGUGGGGUAACAACAGCAAAGGUUCUUAUUGGCCUGCAGCAGUUUAGAUGCUGGUUUGUUUUGAGGCAGGGGGAAGAUGAAUCCUCCAGAUCCUUUCCAUCCUGAGGGCUGGAACAUGCUUUCUUCAGCUCCAAAAGGUCCUUUUCUGCCCCUUUCAGCAGCCAAAAUCUUUACGUAUGAAAGGGGUCCUAGCUGACAUUGUCUUGUUUCCCAGUUGCUAAUAUUCUUCCUUAAGACCUAAUCGAAUCUCUCUUCCCAGAGGAGAGGGAAAGGGGAUGGGCCCUGUGGGGGUUAGGUAUGGGCACUUACUGAGGAGAAGGUAAGUAGUGAGCAUCAGAGUAGAUCCUUGGCCUUGCUUCUAAAGAGAUCUCUCCUUGGGAGAGACUGAAGGGAGCUGGUUCCACUUCUGAUUGAGGGUGGGAGGGGCCAAUGGCAGUAAUAGCAGGUGUUAAUUGAGUGCUUACCGUGUGCCAGGCACUGUGUUACGUGCUGGCAAUACAAAUACAUAAGUAAAAACAGUCCUUGCCCUCAGUGAGCUCAAUCCUAUUAGAGAGGAUAUAGCAAAUUCCUGUAGGGAGUCAGCUGGUUAUAACAACACCUGUUGUUGAUGUGAGCUGGAAAGAGCGAUUGGCCUUGGUUCUGGGCCUGGUCCUGCCACUUCUUGGCCAGCUGGGUGACCUCUGCCAAGUCACUUUUCCUUGGUCUCCUCCUCUGUAACGUGAGAAGUUUUGACUCAAUGAUCUCCAAGGCCCCUUCCUAAAUCCUCCCAUUCGGGAUCAAAUCCUAUGCCAGGAUAGCAUAUGUAAUUGGGGGAGACUUCCUUAUUGAUUGGAUUAGGGAGAAGCAUUUCAAGUUUAGACGGAGGCACACAGGAUUGCAGUAUGUGUAGCAGAUUAACCAAUUGUGUCUGCCUAAAAUGGCGUCCAUGGGAAGAAGAGGCCAAUAUAAGUCCAUAGUGGUUCAUUGGAUGCUAUUUCCAUAAAUGUUACUGUCUUCAUUUAGCAGUACCUUCUCCCUUGACUGCAUCCUUGGCUCAGGCUGACAGGUGUGUGUGUGUAUGUGUGUGUGUGUGUGCAUGCCUGCUGCAAGGUCACUCUAUCCUGAUCUUGUCCUAUGGACAUUUUUCUUCCUUGGCCAGACAUUAAAUGUCAUGCUUUUCCCAUCAUUCUCUGGGGCAGAGCUCUUGCUAGAGAGCUUAGAAGUUGUCAAGUGACCUGAGAUGACAACAUCAUGUGCUGCCUUCAGACCAGCUCCCUGGCCUCACCUCAUGAAGUCUUUGGUAACUAGCCUGAAAGGGCUCAAAGACCAUUGGCGCCAUGUUGGUCUGGUGGGUUGUCCACUGCUUCCUAUCAGGAGGAGUAGGCUGUCCUUGACUCAACCAAUGAAUCAAUGGUGGCUCUCUCAAUCAGGAUCGCUGCUUAUUUCUAGCGUGCUCUUCUUUUCCUCUUUCCUCUCCUCAUCUACCUUCCUUUUAUUUGUCGUCCUCUCCACGCUGCUGCUGCUUUGCCCAGAGUCGUCUCAGUCAUCACUCUGCUCUGUGAGGACCUUCAGGGCUAAUGAGAUCCUGUUCCCUGUCCUUGGCCAGAACCACGUGCCCACCUUGGCCCUAGAAGGGACCUUGUGGGCUGUGGUUAUCAAUGACCACGUUCUUUUCCCAGACUGGUGUCUGGCAAGCUGAAUCACUUGGGGUGGAGAGCACCAGUUCCUGCAUGGUGUGGUUAUAGGCCCAUCUGGGGAUUGACCCUAGGCAAAAUCCCUUCCUUUCUGGGGACCUCAGUUUCCUCAUCUUUAAAAUGAGGUGACUGGACUCACUGGCCUCUAAUGUUCCUUCCAGCUGUCAGUCUGUAUGCUCCUGCAAUGUUUCUUUCAUGGUAUUUUUACUUAAAUCAAUGAAGUCCUGUGCUUCUAUAAGACCUUGGGGCUGAGAGUUUUAGAAGGCUCUGGUGACACUGUGUGUGUGUGUGCGUGCGCGCGUGUGUGUGCAUGCUUUGUCAGGCUGGGAUGGUUAUUUUUGGAUCUAGGAAAAGUCAGACCAGACACAUCUUCCCUGCUCUUCCAACAUGUUCCUUGUUUCUAUUGGCCCUUGCUUUCCUCCCUUGCCAAUCUUUCUCCAUGGACCAUAAAUGGAUAUAAUUAAAAAACUCUUGCUUAAUCUUUAUCUUUGGGAAGAAUCUCCCUAGAACCUCGUUCCUCUUCCAAAUUGGCUUUUAUUAGUGACUUGGCUGGUUCUAUCCCUCUGAGAUUGUGACUAAGUGCCAGGCUUAUGAGAAGCCCUGGGAGACUCAAGGUUGAGGGGGUGGGCCAUCUUAAUUCUUUGGGCACCACCUUCCCAUGCCCUGAGGAGGAUAUUCAUUCUGGCUAGGCAGGGAGGGAUGUUCCUUUUUCUCUAUGUUCCCUAAAUCUGGGUUUCUCAAUGAUGUAAAAGGCAUAUCGCAGCUUGAAUGAAGAGGAUCUGAUUAGGAAUGAAGGAACAAAUGGAAGAGCCUUUAGUAAGUGCUUGUUAAAGCGUAUAGAAAGCUGGCCUGGAAGUCAGGAAGAACUAGGUUCAAAUCUCACCUCUGAUAAUGUGUGUGAGCCCUGAGCAAGCCAUUUAUUGGCCAAAUCUCUAAGACCUGCAGUGAGAGUUCCCUAUGCUAAUAAAAUCAAAGGUCUGGUCUCUGUCCAUUUCUUAAAUACCUGUUGUGUGCCAGAAACAUAAGGAAGAUCAUUCUCGUCCUUGAGUAGCUUACAUUCUAGUAGAGGGAAGCUAGUAUGGGGGGGAGCAGCAGAGACUGAAGCACGCUUUGGAGGAACCGGGCCUGAAGAACCAGGGGCAAUGGGUCUGUCCAGCUUGGAGAAGUGUUUGGUGUUUCCUGCUGAAUGUAGAGGAAGAGCUAGGAACGGCAGAGCCUCUAGAAAGCCAAAGGACGGAUGGGCAGAGCCCCUAGGGAGCCAAAGCAGUGUAAAGAUGCCAGGAAAAGUGGCCGAUGUCUGGACUUCUCUGCCUUAGUUUAGCAAAAGACCCCAAACUUGGUGCCAAGCCAGGAUGUUGCCAGGGCCUUGGGGCAAAAUGUCUGCACCUUGAGCUCUCCUGUCUAAAGCAUAUUUUGUCGAGGAAAUUGGCGACCCUCACGUUUUAUGUAACCUGAUGUUUACAGCCCAAAGUCAUUAAGUUUUUGUGUUGAGAAAUUUGUCUUAAUUUCUAGAUUUUUUUUUAAAGGGGAAAAAAGUAUUUUUUUAGGUACGAUAACUCACAAUGGAUUCGCGGGUGUACGUGUUUGUGCUUGUGUGCGAUAUAAGCUCGUUGAGUAAGUAGUGAUUUGAGACCUGGACCUUCCUCUUCCCCCUGGCCUCAGGGCUGCUCACAGGAGACUUGUUUGCCAAGCCCCUGGAGCCAGGAAGCUGACCAAGCACCCUUGGCCCCUUGGCUUAGGAAUCUGUUGAGGCCUCUGCUUCCCAAGGGGCCCCAUCUCCCUCCUCCAGUGUGUAACCUGGGGCAGCCAGUGUUCAGAAGGCUGUUCAUUGGUCAGAAGGUUUUUUUUUCUUUCUUUCCUUUUAACCACCAAAUGCUUCAUUCCCAAUAAGGUUUGGGCAUCCCAUAUCCGGGCCUGUGUGAAUGCUGGUGGGGUGGGAUCAGGCAGGUUCUCUACCCACGACAGAGCAGCUCAGAGCUCCCAUGGCCACCUUGCCGCCAUGAUUCCACAUCCGUUCUGUUUGCUAUCCUUGGCCGCAUAGCGACCAGGCCUUUUGUAGGAGGGUUGACAGAUACUGUAGCCAACACAAUCACAUCUACUUUGUAUUCUCUGUGUAUUUGUUUUUGUUUUCUGUG